AUGAAGCCGGAUCACAAUGAAGAUGAUCAUUUUGAUGGGCUCUCGGAUGAGCUCCUUUCUCUCAUUUUCAGCAAGGUCCUAGACGCCGAAUCUCUCUGCAGAUGCUCCGCGGUGUCCAAGCGUUUUGCUUCCCUUAUUCCCCUAGUUGAUGCUGUUUUACUUACAAUUCCUCCCCCCAAAUCCAAACCAAAUCGUGGCCUUUUUCUGAAUUUUGGUAACAGUCUGCAGGUUACCAACUUCAUUGCCAAACUCCUUCAAUUCCUUCACCAAAUAGUCCUCCCACAAUCAUCUGUGAGCUUCCACUCCAAUGAAGGCUCAAUCCAUCAUUUUUCUAGUGAAGUACUUAAGAAUUUCAGUCACAUUACAAGUCUCCAUAUCCAGCUUCCUAGCCAUGGAGGCGAGCUGGGAGCAAAUGGCACUUUUUCUUUGCUAAAGUGGGAGGCUGAGUUCGGGAAAGAACUGGAGAGCUGCGUGGUACUAGGUGCAACAUAUUUCCAAAGAAGUAACAAGAUUUCAAGAAUUCCCAAAAGGCAAGAUCGACUUCACGAGUCUAGUUUGGCCACAGAUGAGCUGAAGUUGAGGGUCGCAUGGAUGAUAUCGUGUUUGUUUGCUGCAUCCGCCAGGCAUUGCUUGUUGAAACAGAUCAUUGCAGACAAUCCUAUGAUGCUUCGGAGCUUGGUAAUUGAGGAUGGGAGUAAACAAGGGAGGCUACGUAUGGGGGAAGAUCAAUUUAAGGAGUUGAGAAAGUGUGUGAACACGCGGCCGCCAUUGGAGAGGACUAAGCUUCCAGCUAUUUGCAUAAAGCUAUGGUAUGUGCCUCUGUUAGAGCUUCCAGCUUCUGGGUGUGUGAUGAAGGGAGCUACACUUAUUGUGAUUAGGCCACUGAAUCAAGUGAUGAAGAUGAAGAGCGAUGGCGAUCUGUUGGCAGGUGCUUUUGAUGGAGAGGAGGAAGCAGAGGCUCUUUGUGAAGCUGUGAGGGAGAUUAGCUACGGACCUCACUUGCCUUUACGUCGACGCCAGGGAUGCGUCGACGGCAGGCGGAGGAGAGGGGGGAAGCUACCCUUGGUGUCGCGGAUCUCUCUUGGUGUCAUGGGCCGCCAGCGAGACCUUGUGAGUGUCGCUGCUGCAGGCCGUCGACGAGAUCCCUUGGUGUUGCGGGCUGGAGCUAGAGCUGGAGCGGGAUCCCUUGCAGCGGCGCAGCCUGGAGAUGGAGAUCUCCUUUGCUUAAAUAGGACUCCAAAACGGCGUCAUUUUGAUGCUAGAAGCAUCGAAACAACGUCGUUUUGA